CCGAUUCUGCUCUUCUUCUUCCCGCUGCAGCCGAACAAAGCCCCCAACCUGCCGGCGACUUCCUCCCUUGAAAAACCGGUAAAGCUUGAUGAUUUUCCCUUAUUUUCUCGUCCAAGAACCUGAUUUAGAACCCAGAAAUCUUCCCCCCUGCUAGAAAAGCCGGAUCUGCUCUGCUCUGCUCUUCUGCCCUUGUCCGCCGGCUGCUCUUGUUGUGGGUGCAAAUUCUGGGCAUUUUUCGGUAAGAACAGCCAUUAAAUUCCUUUGUUCUUGCUUGAAUUGGCUUGGGUUUAUGUUAAUUGCUCUUGGUUCCUUCAAUUUUUGGGUAGAACCCGUGAGCUUCUUCUCCAAAUUGCCGCCGGCUUCUCUUCCCCCUACAGCUCCAGUUUUAGCUGGAAAAUUCUGGUUCCUGAUCGUUCUGUCAGUUAGCAUUGAGAUUGAGUGCUCGGUUUUAUGCAAGUGAGGUAAGUAAAUUUAUGGUAAUGCCCGUACUGUUUUUAUAAGCAUGUUUUGAUUUGUUUUUGAAGUGGUGGCGAGACUAAACCCGUUUUACACGA